AUGUCUUCCUCAGAUAGUGACAGCUCCCCUAUGCUCCAGAGCCCUGAUAUGGGGUUUGUACUCGAGCUUGUGUGUUAUCAUAAAGAUUGCAACGCCCAUUUCGAUGAUGACGAGGACCGACAUGCGCACGAACAAACGCAUCUCACGUGCACACAUUGCGACCGAGGAUUCGAAAGUGUGGCGGAUCGGGUUGAUCACGAAGCAGCGCAUCUUACGUGCUACUAUGGAUACUGUGGCUUACAAUUCGAGACUGAGGAGCUCCGGGAGGAGCACGAAGAAAGUGAAGAAAGUGCACAUUUUUCUGGCAAUUUCCGGUGUACCAUCUGCGGGGAAGCUUGGCCGGAUGCAAUCCAGUGGAGAGUGUGUGAAGCAUCACACAAUCCUAGACGGCCCGAGAUCUACUGGGUGUGCUCGGAGGCAUCGGUCAUUGAUGCAAAGCCGUGCAACACAUCCUUUACCAGUGAGCAACGCGACAAUUUCGUGACACACUUGAGUUCACGGCAUGACCACCGAUCACACACGCCGGGUCAGUUACCAGGCCACAUCCUCGAGAAGUUUUGUUUUAAACAUUCUGGAUUCUGGUGCGGAUAUUGUGGCAAGGGUCUCAAAUACGACUCUCCAGAUAUAAAAAGAGGCCUUGAGGUCCGCACAAUAGACCAGCCACUACGCUUGGAUCACAUCCAAAAGCAUGUGUUGGAAGAUGGUGCCAUCGAGUGGCAUUGGCCUAUUCCGGGAGUGUGA